AUGGCUUUCAAAUAUCCAACGGGUCGGCUUUCCCGGAGCUUAUCCAAGGCGACACCCUUGACGCGCCAUGCCUCGUCACCCUUCGCCCUGGCGUCGCCUCAAUCCAGGUUGUUGGCGACUGUUCCCCCUGUGACGCAAAACUCUGUCGGAUCCAAGGGCCCAACAGCCAUGGUUUUUAUGAACAUGGGCGGUCCCUCGACAACAGGCGAAGUGGGAGACUUCUUGAGCCGGCUUUUUGCAGAUGGCGAUUUGAUUCCUCUCGGUCGCUUCCAGAACUAUCUCGGCCCUUUCAUAUCCAAGCGAAGAACCCCCAAGAUCGAGAAACAGUACGCCGAAAUAGGUGGCGGCUCACCCAUCCGCAAAUGGACCGAGUACCAGAAUGCAGAGAUGUGCCAGAUCCUGGACGAAAUCUCGCCCGAAACCGCACCUCAUAAGCCGUAUACUGCGUUUCGCUAUGCCGACCCGUUGACUGAAGAGAUGUACAACCAGUUGCUGGCAGACGGUUUUGGAAACGGAAAGGGCGGAAGAGCAGUUGCCUUCACACAAUACCCCCAAUACUCAUGCUCAACGACCGGAAGCAGCCUUAACGAGCUAUGGAAGUGGAGGCAACGACUGGAAGGCAAGGCAGUAGGAGAGACGACGCCGGGUGACGGUACAAUUUCUUGGAGUGUCAUUGACCGAUGGCCUGUCCAUCCUGGUCUGAUUGAGGCAUUUGCGCAAAACAUUGAGGCCAAGCUGUUGGAAUACCCCGAGGAGAGGCGCAAGGACGUCGUGCUGCUGUUCUCUGCCCACAGUUUGCCCAUGUCGGUUGUCAACAGAGGCGACCCGUACCCCGCCGAAGUCGCCGCGACAGUCUACGCCGUCAUGCAGCGCCUCAAGUUUUCGAACCGUUACCGUCUUUGCUGGCAAUCUCAGGUCGGUCCUUCGGCCUGGCUUGGACCGCAGACUUCCGACUCGGUUGAGCACUAUGUUCAAAAGGGGCAGAAGGAUCUGGUUCUGAUCCCUAUUGCGUUCACCUCGGACCAUAUUGAGACCUUAUACGAGCUGGAUCUCGAAGUCAUUGGGGACUCUGGAUCGCCGGAGACCGUUAAGCGAGUCGAAAGCUUGAACGGAAGUCCAAUCUUUAUCAAGGCUCUUGCAGACAUCGCCAAAGCUCACCUUGACAGCGGCGUUGCCUGCUCGCAACAAAUGGAGCUGCGCUGCCCUGGCUGCACGAGCGAGCGCUGCCUGCAGUCGAAGAAAUUCUUUGCCGGACAGCAGACGAAGCUUUCCUCGGCGCAGGAGAGAAUCCUCUCGCAAUGA